AUGAAGUUUGCUUCAAUUGUCGCGGCCGCUUUUGCCAGCGUUCCGGCGCUGGCUGUACCCGCUGGGUUUGUCACUACCGAUGGAACAAAGUUCCAACUUGACGGAAAGGACUUUUUCUUCGCUGGUAGUAAUGCCUACUAUCUCCCUUUCAACGUCUGGGGAACCGAUCACUACUCCGAUGUCAAGCUGGGCCUUCAGCUUGCAAAAGACGCUGGUCUCAAAGUCAUGCGCACCUGGGCCUUCCACGACAACAACAGGACCUAUGUCUCUGGUGGUUUGCCCCAGUACGGCACUGGCGCUGAAAACACUGUCAUGCAGUUCUUCGAGAAGGACGGAAGCGUCAAGAUUGAUCUGAGCAAGCUUGAUGUGGUGAUUAAGGCUGCCGAGGACACUAACAUGAAGCUCAUUCUGGCCUUGACUAAUAACUGGGCUGAUUACGGUGGUAUGGACGUCUAUACCGUCAACCUAGGUGGCCGUUACCAUGAUGAUUUCUAUCGUCUCCCUGCUAUCAAGAAGGCUUUCAAGAACUACAUUUCCGCCGUUGUGAGCCGAUACAAGGACUCUCCCGCCGUCUUUGCGUGGGAAAUCGCCAAUGAGCCCCGCUGCGGCGCCGAUGGAACUCGAAACCUUCCCCGUGGACCCGACUGCACCCCCGCUACCAUCACUUCCUGGGUCAGCGAGAUGAGCACAUACAUCAAGUCCCUCGACGCAAACCAUCUCGUUACCACUGGAAGUGAAGGCGGAUUCAACAGACAAUCGGAUGACUGGACCUACAAUGGCGCUGACGGCACUGACUUCGAUGCUGAGAUUAAGCUUCCCAACAUCGACUUCAACACAUUCCAUUCUUACCCUCAGUACUGGAGCAAGACAACUGACUGGGUCGUCCAAUGGAUUAAGGACCACGCCGCUGCUGGUGUCACAGCCAAGAAGCCCGUUCUUCACGAAGAAUACGGCUGGACCGACAAGUCCACUCGCAUCGCUACCCUGAGCAAAUGGCAAAAGGCUUCGCUUGAUCUUCAGGUCAGCGACAUGUACUGGCAGUUCGGCACCAGUAAAUUCUCAUACGGAAAGAAUCACGACGAUGGAAACACUAUCUAUCUUGAGGACGAUGAGGCUCAGCCGUUGGUAUACCAGCACGCUGCUGCUGUUAAUGCUGCUAAUGGCGAGAGCGUGACUACGAAGCCAACUGCUACUGCUACUGCUACGGUCACGUCUAAGCAGAGUACUACUCUCUCGACUACGUCUAAGCCAACUGUUACUGGCGGACCUAGUGUGCCGAGGUAUGGGCAGUGUGGAGGCGCUUCGUGGACUGGACCUACUGUGUGUGCUUCACCAUAUACUUGCAAGGAGCAGAACCAGUGGUAUUCUCAGUGCUUGUAA